GCCUCCCAGGCGUGACGCCAGGACGGAGGAGUCGGGAAACAAGUCGGAAAUUAAAAAACACAACUCCAUGUCGGACUGCUUUAAAUAGAGAGAAAUUAAUAAGGAAGCGACCAGCCUGACUCAAUUAUUCAAAGGUUCUACACUAGACCUUAACCGAGGCGCUGGUCACCACAUAUGGACUAAACCAGAGACUCAGAAAGCGAGAGGGAGAAGAGGAGAGAAUAGACAGCAGCACCAUGACCUCUAUGUCCAGCCUCUUCUCCUUCACCAGUCCAGCUGUGAAGCGUCUGCUGGGGUGGAAGCAGGGGGACGAGGAGGAGAAAUGGGCUGAGAAGGCUGUUGACGCUCUGGUCAAGAAACUGAAGAAGAAGAAGGGAGCCAUGGAGGACCUGGAGAAAGCCCUCAGCAGCCCAGGACAGCCCAGUAAGUGUGUGACCAUCCCUCGGUCUCUGGACGGUCGUCUCCAGGUGUCUCACAGGAAGGGUCUCCCCCACGUUAUCUACUGCAGAGUGUGGAGGUGGCCCGACCUACAGUCUCACCACGAGCUCAAGCCUCUGGAGGUGUGUGAAUACCCCUUUGGGUCCAAGCAGAAGGAGGUCUGCAUUAACCCCUACCACUACAAGAGAGUAGAGAGCCCAGUGCUGCCUCCGGUGUUGGUGCCUCGCCACAGUGAGUUCAACCCCCAACACAGCCUCUUGGUCCAGUUCAGGAACAUGACUCACAACGAGCCCCACAUGCCCGUGAACGCCACCUUCCCAGAGUCCUUCCAGCAGCACAGCGGGGGCAGCGGCUCCUCCUUCCCAAUCUCCCCCAACUCCCCCUACCCUCCCUCCCCAGCCUCCAGCGGAGGGGUGGGCACCUACCCUAACUCGCCUGCCAGCUCCGGACCCUCCAGCCCCUUCCAGCUUCCAGGUAGAUGGUCUUCUGCCAGCCAGGUCGACAGUCUAAAGUGUAUACCGACGGUCUGCAUCAGGGUGACUGGUGAGCGCCAGUCAGUGCACCCAUCUCUGGACACAGCAUGGGGUCUGACCUCCUGUUCUGCUGAUACCCCACCCCCGGCUUACAUGCCCCCUGACGAGCAGAUGGGACAGGAGGGGUCCAUGGAGACCGGCAGCAGCGGGCCCAGGAACAUGCCUAGUGGGGAUGUGCAGCCAGUGGAGUACGAGGAACCGAGCCACUGGUGCAGUAUUGUGUACUAUGAGUUGAACAACAGAGUGGGUGAGGCCUACCAUGCUUCUUCUACCAGCGUCCUGGUGGACGGCUUCACCGACCCCUCCAACAACAAGAACCGCUUCUGCCUGGGGUUGCUCUCCAACGUCAACCGCAACUCAACCAUAGAGAACACACGCCGCCACAUCGGUAAAGGGGUCCACCUGUACUAUGUAGGAGGUGAGGUGUAUGCAGAGUGUCUGAGUGACACCAGUAUCUUCGUUCAGAGUCGUAACUGUAACUAUCAUCACGGUUUCCACCCCACCACGGUGUGUAAGAUCCCUAGUGGCUGCAGUCUGAAGAUCUUUAACAACCAGGAAUUUGCUCAGCUACUGGCCCAGUCUGUGAACCAUGGCUUUGAGGCUGUCUAUGAACUGACCAAGAUGUGCACCAUCCGAAUGAGCUUUGUAAAGGGCUGGGGAGCUGAGUAUCACCGACAAGAUGUCACCAGUACCCCCUGUUGGAUAGAAGUUCAUCUUCACGGCCCUCUGCAAUGGCUGGAUAAAGUGCUGACACAAAUGGGCUCUCCUCUCAACCCCAUCUCUUCAGUGUCCUAAUGGUUACCCCACGGACCAGACUCUCAA